GCCGCAAAUGCACUAUAUGGAGAGACUAGCAAAAGUUCGCCGCAAAUGUACGACAUCAUGGUUACCAGACUGACUUGUGAGGACUCUGAUCCGAGCCUAAUGGCCAUUGCUUCCUGUACAACUCGCAGCUUAAAUCGAACCACCAAAUCGCAUAAUAUAACUGCAGCCACCGCCCCGAACGUCACUCUGAAUGAAAUCUUUAUCAAAGUAACAUUCCAUAUGAGGAUCAACACAGGAUAUCGACGGUUAAUAGCAGAGGUAGAGGAAAACUUUUGUGGGUUCCUCAAUGGAACUGCAAAGAGUCUUCUAAUUAGUAUGAUGUGGCCGUUCCUAAGGACUCACAGUAACCUGGAUCACAAAUGUCCUUUCUUUGGAAACUUCUAUGUGCGCGAUUUCAUAAUAAAAUUCGACAAUCUCCCCCCUGCUUUACCCGAAGGACAAGGACGAGUUAUCGUACAUGUUCGAAACGGUCGGAAGCGCGUAUCAAUAAUGAAAAUUCAAGUGCUCCUUGAAAUAAAGCCUAAAGGUGCCGCAACCUUAAAUUUCUGAAAAAAAAACUAAAAGAGAAAAAAGGACGAAAUUAAACUGUGUUGAAUAUUUUCUA